AUAGCCGCGAAAUGUAGCUUAACGUACGUACGCUUCUAAAGUGCGGGCAAAGCGUGCGUUUGUUCUGAAGUUCUUUUAUUACUAUAUUUUAGGACGCUUGUUUCCUUUAUCGGAAGUUGAGCCUCUUUAUUCGAGAUGAGUGACGAUCCGGACUCUGUCCCCGAAAGGGACAUGAAGUACUUCCAGUUUCGGCAAAUGAAGAAAAUCCGCGUCUUCGACUCCCCAGUGGAUCUGCCGAAGGAGAGGUCCAGCCUGCUUGCCGUUUCUAAUAAGUUCGGCCUGACGUUCGUUGGCCAGGACAGGACACUUAAAGUGUUCCUCACCCGUAACAUCUUGGCCGCUAAUAAAGUAGAGGGCAAUCCCAACGAAAUAGUGGAGGGAGUAAAAUCGCUGAAGGUCACUGUUGAGUUGCCCAUGCACAACCUGGCCCUGAGCAGCGACGAACUCACUCUUGCCGUCUGUGGGAUGUCUGACGAGAGUGGUCUCCUGCUCUCAUUCUAUGACGUCCGGACCUUAUUUAAUGAGGCGCGACCUGAGAAGUUGCCAUUCGCCUCCUUUGCGCCGGUCACCGAUUCAGGAGCCUUGGUGCAGGACCUGAAGUGGAACCCGGUACAGGCCUCGGUACUGGCCGCCUGUCUCUCAGAUGGCAGUAUGAUGGUGCUGGACGUCACAGAUAAGAUCACGGUGCAGGCCAAGCUGCCUGCCUCCGUGGGCAUUACCUGUGUUUGUUGGAGUCCCAAAGGAAAGCAGGUGGCUGCAGGAAAGCUGAACGCCACGGUGAUCCAGUACACCCCCAGUCUCCAAGAGAAGAAAGUCAUCCCCUGUCCAAAUUUCUACAGCUCGGACAACCCAGUCAAAGUGCUGGACAUCCUGUGGCUCAGCACCUAUGUCUUCGCUGUGGUGUAUGCAGCAGCCGACGGCUCCCUGGAGACGCCCCCGGAGCUGGUGGUGGUGUCCCUUCCUAAAAAAGAUGAGAAGAGAGAGGAGCGAUACUUGAACUUCAACGACCUGGUUUAUGGCGCCUGUACUGAGAGACAGCAUCACUACUUCCUCAGCCACAUCGAGGACUGGGACAUCGUCCUGGCUGCAUCUGCUGGUUCUAUUGAAGUUAGCAUCAUCGCCAAACAGGAGGACAAGACAAACUGGGAACUGUGGUUGCUGGAGGACGCAAGCAGGGCAGAACUGCCCGUCACACUAAACAAUGACGACACCCUGCCUGUAGGGGUCGCUAUUGACUACACCAGCCAAGACGAAAUCCGCAUCAGUGACGACUGCGUGUUGCCCCCUGCACCCACACUGAUGCUGCUGUCCACUGAUGGGGUGCUGUGCCCCUUCUCACUGGUGAACCAGAACAGAGACGUGAAGCAGCUGUCUGUGGCUCCCGUCGCCCUCAGCCUGGAGGGGGAGCGGCUGCCCGGUCCCGGGUCUGCCUCUGUGACCCGAGCUUCCACCAUGGUGACCACAGCAGCAAUGAUCCCCAUGGCAACCCCAGCUCCGCGGACAACACCCCUCACCUCAGCCUUCGGCUCUGCACCAAUCCCUACUCUGGCCCCCUCUGCCAGCAGCCAGACGGCCGCCUCUUCCUCCUCCUCUUCCUCCGGCUUCUCUUUCGCACUGCCAUCUCUCUCGACCGGCCCGUCCUUCUUCUCCAUCCCCACCACGACGACAGUCACCAUGGGGACCGGUGGCUUUGGGACGACUGGCAUGACGACCGCAGCGAAUGCAGCCUUCUCCUUCCCUGCUGCAACCAAGCCACCCUCAGAGAUGACGAUGGCCCCCACCUCGACCGCCCAGCGCCUUCCAGCUUCCUCCCCGGCCACCUCAUUUAAGCCCCCCCCAGAACCUGCCACACCGGGGGUGAAGGUGAACCUCAAUGGCCGGUUCCUGACCAUGGACACCCCAGGACCAGCUCCCCAAGUCGCCCGGGAGUUCUCCGUCACCUCCACCCCUAAGCCAGCCUUCUCCACCCCCCUUAACCAGUCCACCCCAGCUCUGACCUCCAGCAAGCCUGCUUCCUCCUCAGCCCAGGCCCGGCCUGCUCAGAGCAGCGCGGUCCUCCCCCCCGCAGCCGUCCCGCAGCCAGCUGCUCCCAAGGCCAUCGUCCCCGCCCAGGCCGCCAGCAGCAGCCCCUCCCCGCAGGUAACCUUGGCGGUGAAGGCCGCGGAGAAGCAGCUGCAGCAGAGGAAGGAAUCCGAUCCCGUCAUGGCUGGCAUUCUGGAGGAGAUCGCCCACUUUCAGAAGGAGCUUGAUGAGCUGAAGGCUCGCGCUGGUAAAGCCGAUUUCCAUGUGGGUUCACCUGAGCAGAUGAAGGAGCUCCGGCGGGAGGCCGAGGACCUCCACGUCUUCGCUCUCGAAAUCAAGGAAACGACAGAGUCUCUCCACGGUGACAUCGGAUCCUUAAAGACCACCCUGCUAGAGGGCUUCGCUGGGGUCGAGGAAGGCAAAACGCAGCGUGAGCUCAGCAAGGACAGUCGCUACCUGCAGUUACUCUACAAGAAGCCGCUGGACCCACGCCGGGAGGAGCAGCUCAAGGAAAUCCGGAGGCUGUACCAGUACGUGAAAUUCUCAGUGGAUGACGUCAGUGACAUGUUGGACCUGGAGUGGGAGAGGCACUUGGAGAAUAAGAAAAAGCAGAAGCACCUGAUUGUCCCCGGGCGUGAGGCUCUGUUCACCACCUUGGCCAACAACCUGGACAUCAUCAACCAGCAGCAGCGCAAGCUGGACUCGCUGGUCAAGGAUCUGCAGGCCCUCAGGCUGUACAACAAGACAGCCAGCAGCAAUUGGAGCAUGCCGAGACCCGCCCCGCCGUCCCAGCAGGGCCUGGACAGUGAAUUGGAGAGUCUGAGAGACACACUGUUGAAAGCCAGGCUGGAGUCUCCGCCCAAGGCUACCUCCGAAUCGCAAGUGAAAAUGUCUCCAGCAAAGCAGCACCAGCUCAGGAACUUCCUGUCCAAGAGACAGACGCCUCCAGUGCGCUCCACCGCUCCAGCCAACCUGUCGCGGUCGGCGUUCCUUUCUCCGAAUUACUACGAGGGCCUGGACGACGGCAGCUCCACCUCCUCCCUCUCGCAGGCGCUGGACCCUGAGGACUCGCGGCCUCUGGAGGAAGAGGUUUCCGCGGUGCCUCCCGCCCUGGCCACGGCCCGCCACCCCGCCGUGGUCCGCACCUCGUCCGUACAGCCCGGCUUUGGGAUUCAGGGCCCCCCCUUCGGCAAAGCGCCCGCAGGCUUCAGCUCCAUCGUGGGCCCCGCCCCCGGCAACAAGAUUAAUCUGGGCGGAGCAGACAGCACAGCAUUUGCCACCAAGACGGUGAAGCACGGGGCCCCACCCACGGAGAAGACCACACCCGUCACUGUGCCCCCCCAGCAGGCGGCCGCAACUGCCGCCCUGCGCAGGCAGAUGGCCAAUCAGAAACCAGGAACAGUUUCCACCUCCCUAACGGAGUCCACCUUGAAGACGGUGCCCCAGGUGGUGAAUGUCCAGGAGCUGAAGGACAAAGGACCGGCUGAGCCAGUGUCCACAGUCAUCAGCGCCUCCGUCCCGGCGUCCGCUGCCCAGGUGGUUCAGCAGAUGCUGGCGGCUACAGCCACGAAUCAGGCCAAACGGAAUUCCGCCCCUGGUGUGAAAGUGUCUGGCUCAGCAGGGGAGAGUUCAUCCAGUUCUCAGCCCAUCUUUGUCUUUGGUGGACCCCCAAAACCGGAAGCCCCUCCAUCUCCUGCAUCUACUUCCACCCCAGCCACCGUCUCCGCCCUCAAUCCCGGUGCUGAGCAGACGGGCAAGGUCUUCACUUUCUCUGCCAUGCCUGCUGGUGGAUUUAAUUUCUCGCCAUUAAGUACCACAACACUGACAUCACAUGGAACUGGAGCGCCUCUAGGAAAGGAUGUGAAUCCAUCAAACAAGUUCUCCUUCGCUCCUGGCAGUGGGAGUAAGUUGGUAUUUGCUCCGGAGGCUCCGUUCAGUCUCGUCCCCAAGUCCACUUCCCCCGUUCCCGCGUCCACUGGGUCUCCCGCCAUUUUGGCCGGUGGCUCCGGGGAGCCUGCUAAGGCGGCAUCUGCCUCGGCCACCUUGAAGACGGAGCCUCAGAUGCCCAAGUCUGGCUCGGCUGGGGAGACUCUGGGCAGUUUCUCGGGGCUCCGGGUGGGGCAGGGGGACGAUGAGCCCAGGGAAGCCCCCAAACCCGCCGCCCCCACGUCCUUCUCAUUCGGUCCGACCGAAGGGGCACCUGGGACGUCCGCGUCUGACUUCAGCUUUGGGGGCAACUUCCGAUUGGGUAAACCGGCGGAGCCAGCUGGCUCUGCAGAAGAACUUGCAUCAGGGGACCUGCCUAAGACUGUCACGACCAUAUUUGAGGGCGACACGGUAACUACGGCAGCUCCUUCCGGGGGGGUUUUCAAACCACCUGAACCAGGCCCCCCUGCUGCCGCCAAGUCCUCCUUCUCUGUGACGCAGCCUGAAGCGCUGGCCCCGGCUUCCUCCCCCACCUCGUUCGCAGACCUCCUCGCAGCCCCUCUAGCGCCCCCUGCAGCCAUGGAUGCCCCUGGCACCAAACCCCCUGUGACAAUUUCUGAGACCCCUGCAGUUGCGGAGAUCCCGAAACCCGCAGUGACCACACUGGACAGCUCUGUCGCCUCACCUUUUGGGGAUGUCGGCGCCACGCAGUCAUUUUCCACCCAAGCUGUCGCCGCGGAAACCGCCAUCCCUGCCGCCGUGCCGGAAAAGCCCUUAACUCCCCCGUCCCCGGCUCCCUCGCCUGUGCCCGCAGCUGCCCAGAAUCCCACGCCUCUUGUCGCACCCCCUCAGGCAGCCCAGACCCCAGCAGCCGAGAGUGUCAAGGCCACAGAAAGCCCAGUCACCGCGGCACCAGUCACCGCGGCACCAGUCACCGCGGCACCAGUCACCGCGGCACCAGUCACCGCGGCACCAGUCACCGCGGCACCAGUCUCGGCUCCCGCCCAGCAGGGGGUGUUUAGCCAGGCUCUUGUGUCUGAGAAACCGGGCUCCAUCUUCGCCCAGCCAGUGGUCAGCACCAAUUCCACCACCCCAGGCGUCGGUGCUCUCACCCCUGUCGUUUCCACGGCGGCGCCGGACACGACCCCGGCUCCCAGUCUGGGCUCCACCACAGCCGGCGCUCUCCCCACCACCACCUCUGUGUUUGGGCAGCCGGCGAGCUCGGUCAGCACCACCACCACCACUACCACCACCACCACCUCCAGUGGCUUCGGAUCUAGUGGAUUCGGUGUCGGGACCUCUGGCUUUGGGAAGCCCGUGUUCGGGCAGGUGGCCGGGUUCGGUCAGCCUGCCACCGGCUCCUCCGGUGGUUUCGGGUUCGGCCAGCCGGCCUUUGGGUCGAGUCCCGGCUUUGGGCAGACGGCUGCUGCCACUCCGGCCUCCAACAGCGGAGGUGGUCUCUUUGGAUCGUCCGGCUCCGGAGGUGCGAGCUCCUUCUCCUUUGGGCAGAUAAGUGCCAGUAACAGCAGCGCGCCUGGCGGCACCGGCCUGUUCGGACAGAGCGCGGCGCCCGCCUUCGGACAGCAGAGCUCCGGGUUCGGCCAGGGAUCCGUCUUCGGCAGCAGCGCCCCGACGACCACCUCCUCCACAGGGUUUGGCUUCGGACAGCCUUCCGCAUUUGGCAGCACCUCCACGCCUUUGUUCGGCCAGCAAACCAGCGGCGGCAGCGUCUUCGGACAGUCGGCCACGUCCGGAGGUGGCCUUUUUGGGCCUGGAGCCAACAGCGCCGCCGGGACGACUGCAGGGUCCGGGGGCUUCUUCAGCGGCCUCGGGGGCAAGCCGAGCGAGGACGCGGCUAACAGAAACCCAUUCGGGUCGACCGCCACAGAUUUCGGCCGAUCGAAUCAAGCAGGGUCCAGUAGCCUGUUUGGGGACAGCGGGGCCAAGACCUUCGGCUUUGGCACGUCCUCCUUCGGCGAGCAGAAACCCGGCGGCUCGUUCAGCACAGGCAGUGGCAGCGUGGCGUCCCAGGGCUUUGGCUCCUUCAGCACCCCCAGCAAGACGGGUGGUUUCGGCAGCGCCCCAGUUUUCGGCAGCCCGCCUGCCUUCGGGGGCUCACCAGCGUUCGGGCCAGCCUCGGCGUUUGCCUCGUCUCCGUCCUUCAGCAGCCCCAUGGGAUCCACUGGAGGCAAGGUCUUCGGAGAGGGUACAGCGGCCGCCAACGUUGGAGGAUUUGGCUUCGCCUCUGCCUCAACCGCCCCCACCUUUGGCAGUCUGGCCACUCAGACCACCCCAUCCUUUGGGAACCUAGCUCCCCCGGCUUCCGCGUUCGGGGCUCAGACCGGCGGCUUCUCCGGUUUCGGUUCCCCGGGAGCGUUCACUGGCAACUUUGGAUCCACCAAUCAAAAUUCUCAAACAUUCGGUGGUUGGAGGAGCUAGUUGGAGACCCCGCAGACGGCCUGCACCCCCGAGAUAUGGCCUGCAUCUCCUCUGCAAUCAAGCCCACUAGCAUGGAGCCUGGGGCUGGGAGCUGAGGGGAAUGGGGCGGGGGGGGGCGCCUGUCCUGCUAAAAACCCACAAAAGGGCUGCUUUUAAAUAAAAUAUUUCUUUGCUGCAAUUUUGUAUUUCCAUGCUAGUGAUGGGUAUCCAGGGAGCGGCGCUGCAUGCAUUACUGAGGGCAAAAUGCGCACAGAAGCCACAUCAGGGGGACUUGAUGCAGGCAGUCGUACAUUUUAUUACCAUUUGUAGGCACUUCGUUAAAUUGGCUUCAAGGCUCUUCGCUUCGCCCAGAGCUAAUCUCUGUUCCCCGUGCAAACCUGCUCUUACUGCCAUGAGUGUGUGUUUCUUUUGUAACUCUGAUUCUUGUUGAGUCCGUGCAGUGCUAACACAACCCAGCGGUGGAGGUGCGAGAUUAAAUCAGGCUGGCUGGGUGUGUGUUAUGUUCUCUGCGAAGCAGAGGUCUACGUGUUUGGCUUCAGCAGUUCUCUCGGACCCCGUGGAGAAUUGCGGCCUCUGCAUAAAAUAUCGCAUGUUUGGCAGGGGUGUUCAUUAAGUCCUGACUUCUGUAGGUCUGUAUUGCUGAUAUUAUAUAUUUUUCUUCAUUGGUCUGCUGAUAUAUAUAUUUUUCUCUUCAGAGUGAGGGGAAAAAAUUAAAAAGUAAAUGGAAAGUUAGUUUUGAAUUUUUCACACCCCAAGAAGUAAAUGGCAAACUUAAUCAGCCUGUUCUUUGGCAAGAAGUGCUCGUUUAACCGAUCGAUAAAACAGCUUGGUUUGUAGCUCUGAGUGUCUGAGCUUGGUGAGUUGGGGAGAGCGGCGAGCGCUUGCAGAAAGCUCUGCUCUGCCAGACCCCCAGAACCACCACAGACUUUCAGCAGGACCAUCCGUCUGAGUUAUUGGUCCACCUUACCAACCUGUUGGCACCAUGUGGAGAGACUGCUCUCUGGGUUCACGAAUAUUCUGGUAUAAUAGAAAAAAAAUGCAAUAAAAGCCUCAUACUGAUUUUUUUUUCUAACUCAUUCAAUGGUGUCUCCUGAGCCUGAAUACUGAGAACUGUACAAUGUCCUCCAGAGGCUGGACAUUUUAUACUGGAAAAUGGUAAAUAAACGUGUAAGAUUUUCA